UGUAAUUCGUAAACUAUCAAAAAUAUCAAAAUUUACUCUCAAUACUUUUUUGUUCUCCACAAAAUUUCCUACAAAAUUCAUUUGAACUUUUUUUUUCUAAACUCAAAAUUCAAAAAGUUACAGCUUCUCAAACCUCAAAAAAAUUUUCAUAAUCAAACCCUUGCCCAAAAUAAUUAUAACUCUUAUUUGCUCUUUACCUCAUAAACUAUCAAAAAUAUCAAAAUUUACUCCCAAUACUUUUUUGUUCCCCACAAAAUUUCCCACAAAAUCUUCCCCAACAAUUUUUUUCCCAACUCAAUAUUUACAAAGUUACAGUAAUUUGAAUAAAAACAAUUUUCAAAAAUUCAAAAAAUCCGUUCCCGCCAAAAAUAAACAAAAUAUUUUUUAACAAAAUAAAUACCAAAAAAUAUAAAAGGGUACAAGUGAAAGGUCCAGAAGAAAGGGAACAAAAAAAAGCAGAAGAAGUAGAAGACGAAGAAUAAAAAGAAAAAGAGUUAAACUUUAAAGGAGCAGUCGGAGUCUGGUUUUAUUCUUCUUUAUACGAAAAAUUAAAUACUUGUGUCGAUUGUGUCUGUGUGAGAGGAUAACACAGGAUCAGACUAGAGAUUACUAAAGAGAAAGGGAACCUCAGCAUAUAUAUUUAAGCGAAGACCUAAAGGAGUAGGUGGUAUAGCCGUGGAUAUAUAUCUUAUAUAUAUUAUUUUCGUGUACACUCGCGAUGGUUAAAAUGCUCUAGAAAAAUAACUUUUUACACUCAACAGUUAACAGUUUUUUUAUUUUUCAUAUAAAUGUCUACUCUGCAACAAAAUAUAUAUACAGAUAUUUAAAUAAUUAAAUGAAAAAAAAAAGUCAUAAUGUUUAAAAAAAAGUUUUUAAUUUUUAAUACUGUGUUGUUGUUAUUGACUUCUGUUACUGCAGAUAGAAAAUUAUUUUUUUCAUCUCAAUCUGGAUCUAGUGAAGCUGAAAAAUUUUUUGAUGAGCCGAGAAUUCUUUUACGGCUAAGACAAACAAUGAAAUCAUGUAUAUACGACACAGAUUGCAUUGGAAACGCAUAUUGUUUCAAUCGCGAAACAUGUCACUGUAAAAAUGGUCACGUAAUAAAUCGUAACCACACGCACAUGCAAUGCCUAAAAAUUGCAACAAAUUUAGGAGAUCCUUGUGAUGAAAAUAUCCAAUGUGAAAUGACCUUUACAAGUCAAGCUGAAUGUCGUAAUAAUAUUUGUACUUGUAUUGAUGGCUCACAUUAUGAAGAAAGUCAAGGCCGUUGUUAUGAAUCUAUUGGUAUUGGAAAAAUGUGUAAAACAAAUUAUAAUUGUUAUGUAGAAGGUUCAAAAACAUUUUGCGUAGAUGGGUACUGUAGCUGUCCUCUCUUACACCACCCAAAUAGUGACGGCACCAGAUGUCUCAAGAGUGCAUUUUUAAAAGACAAAUGUUCAAUCGACGAAGAAUGUAUAGCAGAAAAUUCUCGUUGUUUUGGUACCUGCAGUUGCAAAUUAGAUUACGUAUUAUCUAAAGAUAAUAAGAGAUGUUUGAAGGCCGCAAAUAUUAUUGGCGAUCCUUGUGAAGAAGAUCUGCAGUGUUCGACAUUUUUAAAAAAUACUAAAUGUAACGAGGACAAUAUUUGUACAUGCGUACUAGAUUUUAAGCCACGCGAGUCUGUUUGUUUGAGAAAAAUUAACCCAGAUAUGAUUGGCAAAGCCUGUCUGUCUCGUUCACAAUGUGUUCACCCACCUGCAGAUACUGAAUUAAAAGACAGUGAAGUCGCAAAUGUCGACUGUUUAUCAGGUAUUUGUUCAUGCGCACAAGAUUACACACUCACAGAAGACAAGACCGACUGUAUAAGAUUUAGUGAGAAUGGAGCUGGAAAAAUAAUCAGUACUCAUUUAUUAUUAUCAUUAAUUAUUAUUAAAAUACUACAAAUAAUUUAAAAAAAUAAUUUACAUAAUUAAUUAAUUAAUUAAUUUAGAGGCUCUAUUUAUUUAUUUAAAUUUAAUUAGAC